GCAUGCUCAUUGUUCAAUUCGUAUUUAUUAUGUACCUGCCUAAUCCAGUUCUACACAACAUACCGCACCCGUCUGACUGGCCAACCUCAGUCAGACACCUGGCGCCCAAAUCAUACCCAACUGAUAUUAGCGGCUUGCUGGACUUUCCAACAUUCAGGUUGACUCGAGAUAUCAUCGGCGAGCUAUGCGCUACUCGUAGACCCGAUUACUUUCUCCGUACACCUACAUCCUUUACCGGUGGGCGGAGCAUACCUUUACGCGAUGUUUUUGGUUUGGUGUUGCCAGCAGUCGCGUUUCUACGACAUUCCCUAGAACAUUCGGACGAAGACGGAUUCACUAACUCGGCGGGGCCUUUGUUAUACUCCUUAAUUCGUGCCCUUUGCGCCAUUGUAGCAGGGGACUCCCUUGUGAUAGAACAUGCGACGUACAUCUUACCGUAUACGGAUGAUUACGUGCACAAAUUUCAACAAGGCGUCUUCGACGGAAUGUCCUCCAUUAUGAUCUCUACCGUUGUGUGGCCGAAGGCUGUGACUCGUUCUACCUCGGCUGCCGAUGUGCCUAUGGACACAUCCGGCGCAUCGAUGUCCAUGACUCGCGAUAUGUUGCGACAGGAACGCGUCAGGGAAAGGUCUUUCCGCUCCUCCCACGCAACAGGAUCCCAACCUGAAGUCGAUACACCAGCGGCUGUUUCCGAUGUCCUCGAAACGAAGUCCGAGCUACCAAUCGAUAUGCCUUUUCAUGCUCACAUGCUCACAGGACGCGGUGUCAGACGUUAUUGCCUCCUUCCUAUUGUUCUUGUUGCGGAUUUUGAGAACAUUGUUCCUCUGAUGACGAGUUCUUUGUUUCAGAGGUUUGUCUGGGGAAUCUCGGACCCGGUGGUUGGCCUCGCGUUUUCCAAAUUCGGCACCACUGUUCAGGUCUUUCUCGGCUGGCUUGAAUUUCGUGAAGGCAAUCCUCAUGUCCAUAUAGCGCGGGCCGCGGAUCCAGGACAAUGUUCAUCUCCUUGUGGCGUGUUCGAUAUGACCGACCCAUGGGCAGCGUGUUCCUUAGCCGAAUUCAUUCUUGGACUUUCAUCCCAUAUCGACAACGUGGCAACGGCUGCGUCAAACUGUUAUUUUCUCCGGACCUUGCACUGGCGCUCUGACGGUUGUGAUCUUGGCGACGGUCCUUCAGAUGAGACAGAAGAGGAAUUCCUUCACAAAAGGAUACUGUCUUGGUUAGGCGAUGUGGAGCCGUAUUCUCCAGAUGGCGAGGCGAUAACACCAUCAGACAUGUCUCGCCCUCAGUCUCGUCCUCAGUCUCAUCCUCCAACGAUUAAUCUUCCCGGGAGUUCUGUCCCUCCCCUGAGGAACAACCUUCUGUCACCUGUUGCCGCUGAACUUCAGCGAGAGGGCUCUGACAAGCAGUCAAAUAAAGGGAAAUCCGAAAAGACUGAGGCCGUAUCCGCCACGAACUUUGUCAACCGUGGCGUGAAGCAACUGAGCGACGCCACAUCGACGAUCUGCAGCUGGCUUUUUGACAGAUUCGCUAUUAUCAUCAGCAAUGAUGAUCUCAAGGUUAAGGUCCCUCUUGGUUCAAUUUUGUCUCAAGACGAGGACGAACUUGAAAAUGAAUCGGCUUUCUUAUUUUGCAAGUAUCAAGUGAGCGAAAGUCUGGACGACGCUGUGCGAGAAGAGAGAGCUCACAUGAUCGCGCUAUACGACAACAUUACUGGCGAUUAUUGGCCUGAAACAUGGACGAAGACAUCCAGGCCUAAGGCGACGUCUAAAUUCAAGCCGCUGUAUGACUCCUUAUGGGAACAGCACAAACUCGACACUUCUCGGACGUACAAGACCCUUGAUGAGGGUAUCGUUCCUUUAGUUGAAAGUCGGCUGGAUUAUAUCCUCUCGGCCUGUAUUGAAACCAUUAGCUGGAAUAUGCCGGAACCGUGGAGAACCAUAUAUGAAGCUGAGAGACGACAGCCCUGGGAUAGAUUUGUGCAGUUGUUGUACGUCGCGGAAGGCGAAGAUGCCUCUAUCUUAUUGUUCUUGGAACGAGAAAUUUCUCUCUCUCGAAAUAAAGUUGAGGAUUGUCUUAAGAAAAAGGACCUCACAGCGGAUGACAUCAGCAAUGUGCUUCUGGACUGCAUUGGUCUUGCAAAAGACAUGGGCCAGAUCUACACUUGGGAACUGUCCAACAUCGGCCGUAACAUGACAAAGCAGCUGGAGACGCUAUCUGCGUUCCAUUUAUCUAUGUCAUUUGAGCGGAGCUUGACAGACCUUCUUGCACAGAACGAUACUGGUGGGUUCAAGGACAGAGUACUCAAACACGCCAAGGAGGAACCCUGGAGAGGAAAAUGUGAUGCCAUGCUCGCUGAGCCGUAUUCAUUUGAGCUGCCCGAAUUGUCGGAAGGUAAUCGCAAACAUUACGAGCUCGCUCUCCGGCGUUUUCAGAUUGUUCAUCGUUUCAACAACACGGAAGGAUCGAACUCCGCCAAGUCGUCGAACGCAUCCACCAAGGACAUCUCCCUGGACAGACAGAGCAUUGAGAAGGGCACAUGGUCGGAACUUGCCAAAGCUUUCAAGAAUCCCAUACAACUUUCGCUUCAGGCUAACCGUCGUCCAGCUCUCCCUGAAGUCGAGAUCAACCACAAGCCAUUACCGCCCAGGCCGUGGGUCAUGGUACCACGCCUUCUUGUUGAAUACAAGAAGACUGAGAGCGAGGACAAGGCACUGCAACAAAUUCUGAUGUACUGUGUCUCAGAGGCCCAGAAGCUCGCGGCGAUGGGCAUAUAUGGUUACCCUGUGUUUGGUCUCCUCACUAACGGAACAACUGGUGGGGUCAUAAUGGCAUGGACUUCAAAGCUCACUAAGGCCACUUAUGUGGUUGUUCGUCAGAUGCGCACAUACGACCUUAUGCUUCCGCUUGAUUGCUAUCGAUUCGCCGUGUUCUUGUUGAACUUACGUGCCUACCAUGAAAACAACAAGACGAUGAAUGACAAGAUUAAUGCCAAAAUAGCUGCUUACUCUGUUGAUGGGUGGCCGGAAUGGGCGCAGAGACACCAGCAUGUACCUUCGGAUGAUGUGAAGGCCAUGAAUGGGCUCAAGGGUGAGACGAAGUCAACGGCACAAGGCUAGAUGAUUGCAUAGAUGUCGUAGAUGGAAUCAAUCUCGCAAUACCACGGUACGUCUACUGUGAAUUGGAACUUUAUUUUUUUAGAUGGUGAUUCGUAUGAAUUUGUAACUUGAUGUCUCGACGAUCUCCAUCAUGUGUCUGUACUGGAAGAUCGAUCAAAUGUUAAUGGUGUUCUUUACAAUAACAGGGCCCGAUCGGCCCUCGCAAAGUGACGCAAACCCGUGUUCUUUGUUUCUCGAAGGCUAAGAUUUAUUCUACGAUACAAUGUACACAGGUGAGUCGCGCCGUGUAUAGUCGCAGUAGUCACCGUGGUGGUAUACAGGUGAAAUCUGCACAAUUUCCAUGAGUCAGUGAACACACACUGGCACUGGCGGUAGCAACUUAUGUAGGGGGAACUGACAUCGAACGAUACUGCACCUUCAGCUCGGGAUUGAUGCACGUGUACAAAAACGAUCUGUGCAGAGUUGGUUCAAUAUCUACAGGAAUACAACGUACAUUUGAACU